UCCAGCGUCAGUCUCUCCUCUCGCUGGUUCCGGUGUCUCCUCGCUUGUAAGAAGUGCACAGUGCUUGUUCCCGGUGCUGCUGCCGCCGCCACGUUCGGCUCCCGGGUGUCUACGCUUAGUCAUGGCCGCCGCUCGCAGGUCCCGCUCAGACUCCCGCUGUGUCCUGCGUUUCUCCGACCGAGAACUGUGCUGAGCUGAGAAGACCCCCCCGCAGCCGCCCAGCAUGGCGGAAGGUGAUAAGGAUUGUUGUUCUGAAAUCCUGAAGUCUGAUGAAAAUGGAAGACCAGGAGAAACAAAUCUUCAGGAAGAGCUACAGAUGUUCCGAGCUCGCUGGAUGUCUGAACUUACUCCAGGGGGGAGUUUUGAUGCAGAGGUUCAGUCUCACAAAGGAACAGCGAGAGGGUCUGUUGGAAAGGCCCAGGAUACCAAAGCAAAGCAAGAAUGGGCAAUGGAGGAGAAGGCAAGAGAACUUUUUCUUAAAGCUGCAGAACAAGAACAAAAUGGGGCACUUUAUGAAGCCAUCAAGUUUUACCGCCGAGCUAUGCAGCUUGUACCUGACAUUGAGUUCAAAAUUAACUACAACUUGUCCCCAGAUGGUGAUGGAGUAGGGAAAAACUUCAUGGAUGACACCAACAAUGACAGCAAGAUGUCUGACCUAUUAUCAUACUUCCAGCAUCAGUUGACCUUUCAGGAGUCCUCACUUAGAUUGUGCCAGCCAGAAUACAAUGUCAGCCAGACUCAUAUUUCAGAGCUCCCUAUGGAGGUACUGAUGUAUAUUUUCCGCUGGGUGGUUUCCAGUGAGCUUGAUCUCCGAUCAUUAGAACAACUUUCAUUGGUCUGCAAGGGCUUUUAUAUUUGUGCAAGGGAUCCAGAGAUAUGGCGUUUGGCAUGCUUGAAAGUCUGGGGUCGAAGCUGUGUGAAGCUGGUACCAUAUAUUACUUGGAGGCAGAUGUUUCUAGAAAGGCCAAGGGUCCGGUUUGAUGGUGUGUAUAUUAGCAAGACAACAUAUAUCCGCCAAGGAGAGCAGUCUUUGGAUGGUUUUUACCGAGCUUGGCAUCAAGUAGAAUAUUACAGGUAUAUGAGAUUUUUCCCUGAUGGCCACAUUAUUAUGCUUACCACCCCAGAGGAGCCCCAAACAAUUGUACCUCGCUUAAGGACAAAUAAUUCACGAACCGAUGCAAUGUUGCUUGGCCAUUAUCGUCUGUCACAGGAUACAGAUAACCAAACCAAAGUUUUUGCAGUAAUAACAAACAAGAAGGAGGAGAAAUCAGCAGAGUUCCAAAAGUAUCGCUAUUUCCGUCGAGCCCCAGUGCAGGAAACAGAGCGUAGCUUUCACCUAGGACUCCAGCUAUGCUCAUCUGGUCGCUACAAAUUCAACAAGCUGGUUUGGAUUCAUCAUUCUUGUCAUAUCACUUACAAGUCCUCUGGGGAGACAGCUGUCACAACAUUUGACAUUGAUAAAAUGUACACGCCACUGUCUUUUGCUCGUGUGAAGAGUUUUACUGCUGUAUCUGAGAGACCUCUGUAAGGUCUUUCUUAUUUCUUGCAUGGUACCUACUGAUGAAGGCAUAGCAAUGGAUCACUCAGCAUAUAUUUGUGGAGUUCUGCUGCAGAUAAUCGGGAGCUUGUUCUUGGGGCAUGAAGGGCACAUUUGGGUUUGUAAGGUUGAUAUUUUACUUUAAACAUGGGUAAUUUUACAAGAUAAUUGAAUACUUGACUCUGUUUGCCUCUCAUUUCUUUUCUAUACUUAUCCUCUUCCCCAGUUAUCCUACAGAGUUUAUAGGAAUCUUGUCAGCAAUGCUGCAUCGAUGGAACCCUGACUACACCCAGCUUAGUGAUUUUUGCUGAACCUCUAAUCAAUUGACAUUACCACCUCACAAAAUCACACUUCUAAAUAAGAAUAUAAAAAGUUUUUGUAGAUAAAUAUACGUUUGAAGACAAAAAAUUAUGUUAAAUAUGGUGGAGGCCAUUAUCUAGUGCUGUCAUUUUAUAGAAGCACUGUUAAUGUGAGAUUUGUGCAAUAUUUAUAAUUUCACUAGAAAAAUGACAGGACAAAACAAUCAUGGGAUUUUAUAUAUUUUUAUUUUUGAAUAGAAUAGAAUCUUGAUGUUAAGUGUAAAGUGUCUUUUACUGAAGGCAUAUCUUUCUUUUUAUGUGGGCAGCUAUGCAUAGCAUAGGGGGAUGUGUACAGAGAUGAUCUUGCUUUAAAAUGUGCAAUGUUGAUUCUUCAAAUAAACAUACUUUGCUUGUUUUAAAGAGAAA